AUGGCGUCAAAGGCAGCGUACAAGCGUCUCUCAAAGGAGUAUGUCACUAUGCAACGCGAGCCGCCGCCCUUCGUGUGGGCCGCUCCGGAUGAGAAGGACAUUCUUACCUGGAACUUCAUCAUCCGCGGACCCCCAGACUCUCCUUACACCGGUGGCGAAUAUCAUGGUGUCCUCCUAUUCCCCUCUGAAUACCCCUUCAAGCCGCCGGGCAUCAAGAUGUACACCCCUUCAGGCCGUUUCCAGCCCGACAAGCGCAUCUGCUUUUCAAUGUCUGACUUCCACCCCGGCUCUUGGAAUCCGGCAUGGAGCGUGGCCACGAUUCUUACGGGACUCGUCUCGUUCAUGCUCUCGGACGAGAUGACGACGGGCUCUGUGACGACGACGGACGCGGAUAAGCGUGCCUUCGCAGCACGCAGCCAUGCGUGGAAUCUGGAGCAACGACGGUUCAAGGAGGCAUUUCCCGACUAUUGUACACCGAUCGCCCGUGAUCCGCCUAACAUGGGAGAACGGGAAAGAGGGAAGGCUGAUACGCCUGCCGCUCGUCCGACAGCACCGGCGAUUACCCCAUCUACGACAUCUACGACUACGACCGCGGCGCCUACAGUCGCACCGGCACAGAACGGCAGUGCCGUUAUUCUACCUCCCUCUCUCGCAUCAGGCAUCCCGAAGAGCGCCUCGGACGUACAGAAGAAGGUUCCCGUGAAGCGUAAGGUGGUGAGGGACGUACCUGCUGCUGCUGCGUCGGCCGGAGACGGGAGUGGGCGCGGUAUCGCCGGGAGUUGGCGCGGGCUCGUAUGGGAGAAGUGGCGCUGGGGCGUUUUCAUUGCCAUCGCGGUUGUCCUCAGCAGGAUCAUGACCACAUGA